CACUGCUCUUGGUUUACUGACGGUGUAGGUAUGUCAGGCAGGGGCAAGGGCGGCAAGGGGCUCGGCAAGGGCGGCGCCAAGCGCCACCGCAAGGUGCUGCGCGACAACAUCCAGGGCAUCACCAAGCCGGCCAUCCGCCGCCUGGCUCGGCGCGGCGGCGUCAAGCGCAUCUCGGGGCUCAUCUACGAGGAGACGCGCGGCGUGCUCAAGGUCUUCCUGGAGAACGUCAUCCGCGACGCCGUCACCUACACGGAGCACGCCAAGAGGAAGACGGUCACGGCCAUGGACGUGGUCUACGCCCUCAAGCGCCAGGGUCGCACUCUCUACGGCUUCGGCGGCUAAACUCGCGUUUUUGUAGCGCUUCUAGAACACAAAGGCUCUUUUCAGAGCCACCCACAAAUCUCAGAAAAAGAGCUUUUAAUC